UGGUGGAAUGAUAGGAUGGAAUGUAAACCCUAAAGCAUAGAACUUGCGUGUUUGUCUGGUCGGGUUGCUUUCGUUUUGAUAGGGUGGGCAUGACGACCGGGAGGAAGACAGGGCGGAAAAGAUCAUGGGAGGAGGAGGAGGAGGAAGAAGAAGAGGAGGAAGAACAGGAGGAGGCCCCGACGAUGGAGGAGGAGGAGGUGGAGGAGGAGGAAGAAGAAGAGGAGGAGGAGGAGGAGGAGGAGAAGGAGGAGGAGGAUGUGGAGGAGGAAAAGGAGGACGACGACAACAAGGAGGAUGACGAAAAGGAGGAAGUGGAGAAGGAAGACGAGGAGAGGAAAAGCGGAAGGAGGAAGAGAGGAGAAGUGGAAGGAGGAAAAGGAGGAGGGGGAGAAGGAGGAGGAGGAGGAGGAGGAGGAGGAGGUGGACGAAGGGAAGCUGGCUCACCUGGCAUGGACGGGCAAUGGCACGUGGGGUUGCAGUUGUCAAUGUCAGAGUUCGGCAAUGGCAACACCGAACUCCGGCGACAACACGGGGGUCAGAACGCGCAGGUGAGAUCGCCAGGGCGCUCAAUUUCGAAUUUCAAAAUAGCCCAAUUUGGGUCGUCAAUCUUGCAGAUUUGACGACCCACAUCAGACCGUUUUGUUUUUCGAUUUUGGAGGCCCUACCGACCUCCAACACAUCUUCCCGUCGGCGCCCCAGUUCGCCUGUCCCAACCGU